GGUUCCGUAAAAUGUCAGGUUUAUCAUGUAAUUACGUUCUCUGUGGUAUCAUAGACGAUAACAAUACAUAGUGAGAAUUAAUUAGUUUGUCAUGAUGGUUGUCGACGACUACGAAGCUAUUAUUCAGUGGCAUCCACAAAUGAUAUUAAUUUCUAAAAAACCAGUUACAUGGAAAGGAUUUUUAACAGUUUCGUGCAAUUCUAAUACAGGACAAAAUAUGCGAAUUAAAUUACGUUUAGUUGCACCUAAUUAUCCAUCAUUAAAUGACGCAGAAGUUAACUUUGGUAAAGAAAUUUCAUUUAUACGCAAAGAAGGAUUUAGUCAGAAAGUGAAAGAUUUAGCCCGAAAUGUAACUAAAGCAUCAUUGUUUUUAAGUCAUUUGCAAACGCUAAUUGGAAUUCAAAUAUUAUCUGGCAAUAGCUUAAAUACAAUUAAGCUAUCUUUGGAAAAUGUGGCUGUGGAAUUGCAAAGAACAAAAUAUGGAACAUAUCCAUGGACAGUUAUUUAUUCAGAUUUACCUGAAAUACCUGCUUUUGGACCCUUUGAAAAGAAUUUAUCAACACUAGCUAUAGCAAGAAAUAAAUUUAAAUUACAAGUAGAAAUACUUAAGGAAACUUGGUCAAAUCUAAAAAAAAUUGAUAAGAAUUGUUGGAUAGUAGAUCCACUUCAACCAAAGCCAUGUCAUCUUUACCGACGAAUUUAUUUAACACCAUCUUUAUCAAUGCUCAUUAAAAUAAGUCCUUUGAAUCCUAUGGAUUUACCGGAAAUUAAAUUUAUGGGUAGUGAUAUUGAAGUUGAAUCAAUGAGAAACAUUGUUUCUAAGAACUUACAUAAUUGGAAUCCAAAAUGUGAUAUUAUAGAUAAUUUACUGAUGUUAUUAAACAGAGACAUAUUUCCUAAAAAGGAGAAGGAAAAAUAUAUAGAAAAUAAUGGUGCUAUUGUUACUGAUGAAGAAUGCUGUAUUUGCUUUUCUAUGAAAUUAGACAAUGAGACUUUACCUGAAAAAAUUUGCAAUAAUGAGAAAUGUAGAAGACAUUUUCAUACAUCUUGUCUAUUACAAUGGUUACAAGCAGUUGCUGGCAAUCAUGUUGUAUUUGAUUAUAUACAUGGUACAUGUCCUAACUGCCAAGAAAGCAUUUCAUGUUGUAUCAAAUAAUACA